AUGGUGAGGCAUGCAGGAUUCUCUGCAUGGAUCACCUGUAUGGGGAAAGCGUUGGACGAGUAUGACGUCCAGGUGAAGGACGUCGAUGGACACCCAGAAGUCCGGUGCUACGUCCCUUAUUUCAGAGUUUACUGGCGGGACCUCGUGUUUGACGAAGAAAAGCGGGGGAGCAGUAUCGGCUACCUUACUCUCGACGGAUGGGACGGCGGACAAGGGGUGAUCAUUCCACCCUGGCUUAAACCGCGCCGUCCAUAUCCAGUGCGCUGCAGGUCCUCCCUGCCUUUUCACGCAACAGCAACCGAGCCAUACCAAAAAAUUACCCGCUCCGACGGUUGCAGACUCAGAUUUAUCAAGGUUCAACGAUCAGAUGACAAAGAGUGGCCCGCGCGGAAAGAACACGUCGAAUGCGACGAAUGCGAAUCUGUUGGGGAGAUACGACUGUCGAUCGAGCGGAUCUCGGACACGUAUGUUCGGACCGUCCGCACGAAACAAAGUGUGGAGGAGUCCAACGACGAUGAGGAAGAAGAUGACGAUGGUGCACACCGUUCGCAUGUCCACGGCUAUCGAAUUGGUUUGGAGGAGUUAGAGCCUAGGUCGCCAUCGCCCCCAUCAGAAGGCGACAGCAAAAAAUACCCCAUUGCGAUCUCCAAAGAAGAGUACUCCUUUAGCGUGGAAGAACCUAUCGUGACGUUUGUCUUUAUGUAUCGCCCUAAAGGUCCGUUAGCUCUCCCUCCUUCAAUACUGCAGUAUCGACCUAACCUGUUUGCCCUGUCCCAUCCAGAGCUCCUCCGCAAGUACAAGAAAGCAUUACGGCCCUCUAUACCUGUCGAUAAAGGGAAGGGGAGAGAUGCGACACCUACGUCCGACGACUCGGAUCCAGACGAAGACCACCCUAGUGACGCCUGGGACAAAUGGGAAGCCGAGUUCUGGGGAAAAGAUGGAGACCAGGACGACGACGAUAGCGAAAACGGCGACCAAUUGCAGUCGGUGAACGGGGAGGAGGGGGUGGAACGGCUUCAAGGCGAACCGAUGGACGUCUCAGACUUCACCCCACCCGACGCCACCCCGCACACUGACACCACGAUCCCGCACAAACGCCCCCGCGCAGACUCCAUGGAGUCCAUGUACGUGUUUGAUUCUGAAGUUCAACACCCCCAACGAUCCUCCGAACCGCCCAGGCCCAGUGUGACCGGGGUCUCUGCUGCCAGAUACACACCCGACGACGUCGUAUCUCCAGCCCACGAAGUCGAGCAUGAAGGCACAGCUUCGCGUCUUGUUGAUGCUACUUCGUCCCUGGCCGCUUUGGUGUCCAUCGGAGCUGACCAGCACACACUUACUGGCACCCCUGCGAUCAAGGUCGAAAACGACGAUGAGGAGGAGGAGAAACCUGACGUCUCCGCAGGAUCGUCCGGGUACCUCUCCGAAAUCGCGCCUCCCAUGGUCAACGAACUAGACCGCGGGCUGCACGACCUCCGCCGGAAACUCCAACGUGCCAAAGAGGAUCUCGCCGAACGUGAGGUAGAGAGAACGUACUUGAGAAAACUGCUCGAUACUUCUCGAGAGUCGCGCGUGCGGUCUGCGAAGAGAAUCAAACUCGAAGCACAAGUGAAAUUGGAGGAGGGGGAGGGAAUGGGAACCGAAAUCGGAUCGUCGUCGUCGUCGUCGUCGUCGUCGACGAGUGCGAUUCGUCGAGGUCCAGAGAGCGAACGGGUGUUAGAGCGCCGGUUGAAGGACAACACGAGCGAGGUUAAGAGGUUGGAGAACGCUAUUGGGAAAUUGGAGGGUGAGAUUAGGAGUACCGAGUCGGUGAAGAAGAGGUACGCGACUUUGCUACCGAAGGUUGACGAUGUGAAGGUGAAGGUGGAGGUGAAAGAUGAGUCGCCAGAGAUAUCUGCUGUACCUACUACGAUUGAUCUAACAGAAGAUGACUAG